AUGACGUCGCCGAACCGCGACGAGCUGGAGGCGAUGUCGGACGCGGAGCUGCUGGCGCUGGCCAGCGAGAACACGGUGUUCCUCGGCGAGGAGUACACGUGGAACGGCCGCGCACUGGAGGCGAUGCACACGGGUCGCGACCGAGCGGGCGUGUCGCCUGAGCAGCAGCACACAUGCGUGCCGGAGGACGAGGCGUCUGCGGACCCGUUCCUCGCACGCCACUCGGCGCACGCUGAGCCCCGUGCGGCCGAGCUGAUGCUACGCCAUCUGGUGGAGCACCACCACAUCCGUGACGGCGCGCGCAUCGCGCUUGUGACGGACCACAAGGCCAUCGUCAUUGUCGCCAUGAACACGGCGGCCUCCUCAGGUGGCUCUGUCACCACGGAUAGCGCUUGCGUGGUUCCUGCCAGCAAGUAA